AACUACGGCGCCGAGGGCGGUAAAUGUAUUACUGCACGCGGUUACCCCGGCAUCUGUGUACGCUUCACAGCGUGUCAGCAGUUAUACCGUCUAAAGAGACAAUUUAAUUUUUACAACUUGCGUCAAUGGCCGCAAGUACCAGCCGCAGGGCAGAAUGUAUGCAGUUUUUAUGAUCCCUACGGACGUCCAAACACUGGCAUUUGCUGUACGGGCACUGUAAUGGGUAACGGCUUUGGCGCACCCGGGGUGUUCCCACCCUUCAUCUAUCCCGGUGGCGUGAGUCCAAUACCCAUACCACCGGUAGAACCACCAGCACCCGCACAGCCACCAUACGAAGAUGAGGAGGGGUUUGAAGAGGAUAAAGAUGAGGAGGACAUUAUCGAGUUGGAUCAUCCAACAGAAAUUGAUCCGCUAGUUGAUCCUUUACACGAGUCGACACCAGCUGUCGAGCCUAAACCGCAAACAGACAACAGUGUUGCUUAUGAUCCUAUCAAAGAGGAUGCGUAUGAAGAAACACCAGCCGCAACAAGCAAACCGGCGACUACUUACAACGAAUUCGCUUACCAAUGGCCUAGCCACCUGGGUAACCAAUUCUCCAGCGUACAUCAGUGGCCACCACCACUGCCAACACAUCCACCAUCGACCGCUGUUUGGCCCCCACCACUACCCACACAUCCGCCAAAUCAUAAUUAUCCAACACACGCUGCAGUAACCACAAGACCUACACUCACUACCACCAGGCGGACUACCACAAAACGUCCGGUUUCAGUGGCUGCGACAACAACUACCACACGCCGUCCAAGCUAUCCCAGCUACCCGGCAUAUCCUGGUUACCCUAGUUAUCCCAGUUACCCCACAUAUCGUCCAACUGCUGCGCCAACGACAACAACACGUCGCCCCUCAACGCCCAUCUCAAGUGGUUCCACAAAUCAUGGCUUGCCUACGCAGUGUGGCAUUAAGAAUCCAGCAAUGCCAGAUCAGGAACGUAUUGUGGGUGGCACAAAUGCGAGUCCGAAGGAAUUUCCCUGGAUUGCGGUGCUCUUCAAGUCCGGCAAACAAUUCUGUGGCGGCAGUGUGAUCACGAAAAAUCACAUAUUGACAGCGGCGCAUUGUGUGGCCAGAAUGACCUCAUGGGAUGUGGCCGCAAUGACAGCACAUCUCGGCGACUACGACAUACGCACCAAUUACGAGGUACAACAUGUUGUACGACGUAUUAAACGUUUGGUGCGACAUAAGGGCUUCGAUUUUAGUACUUUGCACAAUGACAUUGCGAUUUUAACUGUAAAUGAACCAAUGAAAUUCACCUACGAAGUGCAACCGAUUUGCUUGCCCACCUCAAGUAGCCAGCAGAGCCGUAGUUAUAGCGGUAAAGUGGCCACCGUCGCCGGUUGGGGCAGUCUACGCGAGAAUGGUCCGCAACCGUCGAUUUUACAAAAAGUGCAGAUCCCCAUUUGGGCGAAUCACGAUUGUGCGCGGAAGUAUGGUCGUGCGGCGCCCGGCGGUAUUAUAGAAUCGAUGGUGUGCGCCGGUCAAGCGUCGAAGGAUUCAUGCAGUGGCGAUUCCGGUGGGCCGCUGAUUGUCAACGAGGGUGGACGCUAUACUCAGGUUGGCAUUGUCUCAUGGGGUAUCGGCUGCGGUAAAGGCGAAUAUCCUGGCGUCUAUACGAGAAUAACAUCACUGCUGCCGUGGGUAUAUAAGAAUAUCAAAUAGUGCUUAUAAAUGAAAAUACUGAAAAUUAAAU